CAGAUUUUCGAAAAUGGGGAUCCGCGGUUUAACGGCAUACAUUGAAAAACAAUCAUUUUUGAAAAAGUUUGAAUUGCAUAACACAAAUUUGGUAAUGGAAGGGGACUCUAUUUCUCGUCAGUUGUACAAAAUACAUGUUACAUACAGGAAGGAAUGUUAGCUGAUUGCCAGAUAACUCCCUAUGUUGUUUUUGAAGGUGGAGUCGCAGUCGACAAACUGAUGAACAAGCCAAAGAAAGUAUGUGAUAGGUUAAAAAAAAUUAUAGAGUUCUCCACUGACUUUUCAAGCAAGAAUUCUGAAUUUUAUUUUCCUUUAUUCAUGAGAAGUGUAUUUGAAAAUGUAUUGAAGAAAUCAAAAAUCAAAACAGUUCGGUGUGAUUUCAAAAGCUUUGGCUCAACAUUGAGCAUGGCAAAAAAUUUAAAUUGCCCUGUAUUAAGUUAUGAUUCAAAAUAUUUUCUUUGUUCUGAAAUCAUGUACAUACCAUUCCAAAGUUUACGCAAGUCUGAUGAAAAACCUUAUCCAAGCGUUGUUCGACGUAUAAUAAGAGGUAAACCAGAAGUGAGAUAUAUUCCAUGUGGUGUAUUUGAUGUGAAUGGUUUUCUGCAACAUCUUGGACUGACUUCUGAUACAUUACCUCUGGUAGGUGUAAUGCUGGGAAGUACUAAUUCUGACUAUCCAAAUUGUGCUACCUUAUGGCCAGAAAUUCGAUAUAUCAACAAACGUUUGUUGAAGAUAGCUUCAUGGAUUCAAGAUUUAGGCAUCGAAAGUGCCACGAACAACUUAUUAGAUUUAGCAGAAACUACGUCAGCUAAAAUGAAACUACAGCAAAAAAUUGAAAGUUUCAAAUUCCACAAAUGUAAAUAUCUACCCUAUCUUGAAAUACGUAGUGUUCAUGAGCUUCCGAAAUAUGAUGUAGAUGAAGAAAAUGAUAGACGAAUUGAUGAAAUACCAGAUAUCUUCCUCGAAAAUUUCAGAAAAUGUAGGUAUUCUCCAUAUUUGAUGGACAUUUACACUCAUAAGACGUAUUUUGGUUUGAAACCACAACUGGAGAAUAUCAACAGGGUACACUCCCACAUUUUGAGUGAGGUUUUUGUGAAUGCUAUUCACAAAAUUCUUACCAAAUUUUGUUCAAAUUUAAAAUGCUUUGUGCGAGAAGGAGAAUCCAUGGUUGAAAAAGUAUUACCUUCAUAUGAUAUAGAUGUUCCAUUUUUGAAAGAAAUUGAAGAGAUCAUUAUCGAGGACAGAAGAUUGCUUAUGUUGACAAUACUUGGUGUGAAUUUCAUAAAAGAUGAUGUAUUAGAGUUUCCGGAAACAUAUCAACUGCUUAUAACUACUAUAAUAUAUCUUCAGAAGCACUCUUCACUAACCUGGCCACUUGUUUAUUCGCUGGUUAUGUGUGUGACUAUUUUGAGUUAUGUGGAUGAUAAUAAUGAGCGCUUGUUCCAUUGUAAUGAUAAGAGUCUCAAUUACGAUUCGAAUCUAAAACCUAAAAGUAGCCAUUCUGUGAUGCAAAUUUCAAUUUUACAAGAAGUGGAACACUUCAGAAAGUAUUUCGAAAUAAGAGAGGGCGAAACAAUCUUGUUUGAUGUAGACUUAAUGCAUGAUAUGUCUCAGUUUCAAAGCUGCCUCUUACACAUUCAUUUACUUAAUGAUGUGUUGAAUAUGCCCUUUUCAGACUAUCUGAUCGCUGAAUGUUUAAACAGUACAUUUAUUUAUAACUUUACAAAAAAAUUGGAGGAAAGAACGCCAAAUAUGGAAGAUUUUGUGAGAGUGUUUUUGAGACAAAAAGCUCCAAAUGUUAUGGUGAAAUUUCUGGAAAUAAUGGACAAAAUUGUCAAAACCAGCCAAAUUUUGAACCACUGAUGCUGCAAGUUCACUUCUGAAUGGAUCAAGAUUUUUUUAAGUAUUAUUUCAUAGGUUUAUUGAUUUUUUGUAUUUUCACUUCCUUAUGUAUUGCUACAAUUGUUAUUAGUCAUCAAAACAUUUAUAUUUUU